AUGGAAAAAGCAGAAGAGAAUCGAACAGUCGUCACAGAAUUCAUCCUCGUGGGAUUCAGGACUAUUCCUGAACUGCAGGGUCUUCUCUUCCUGCUCUUUCUACUGAUCUACAUUGCAACGGUAGCAGGAAAUCUUCUCAUAGUUGCACUAGUUGUGACUAAUCAACAACUUCACACACCUAUGUACUUCUUCCUUGCAAAUCUGUCCUGCAUGGAGGUAUGCUACACUUCUUCCAUCCUUCCCAAUAUGUUAGCCAUCUUCUUAACAAAGAACUAUGCCAUCUCAUUAAAUGGCUGUUUCUUGCAAUAUUAUUUGUUUAACUGGCUGGCAGGUGCUGAGUGUUGUCUCUUGUCAGCCAUGUCUUAUGACAGAUACCUAGCAAUAUGCAAGCCUCUUCAUUAUGUAACUCUUAUGAAUGGCAGAUUCUGUCUGCAGCUAGCACUUGGGUCUUGGACAAAUGGGAUGGUGGCUGGUGCCAUUGUGACCUCUCUGAUGCCACAUUUAAUUUUCUGUGGCCCCAAUAAAAUUGAUCAUUUCUUCUGUGAUUUCACCCCAGUGGUGAAACUUUCCUGCAGUGACACCAGCAUGAUUGAGCUUGUUACGUUCAUCCUGGCAUCCAUAUUCACACUGCCUCCAUUUCUACUGACAACCAUAUCAUAUAUUUGUAUUAUUGCCGCUGUCCUGAGAAUGCCUUCUGCAACCAGGAGAAAAAAAGCAUUUUCUACCUGCUCCUCACACCUUAUUGUGGUCACAAUUUUCUAUGGUUCGCUAAUCAUUGUGUAUCUGUUGCCAAAAACCAAAACAUUGAGAGACCUUAAUAAGCUUUUCUCUGUCUUCUACACUGUCCUGACUCCCAUGGUCAACCCUCUCAUAUAUAGCUUGAGAAAUAAAAAUGUAAAGGAGGUUUUUGUAAAGGCUGUGAGCAAAUAUUUGGCCUUGAUGAGAGAUCAGAGAAUCCAUACUAAUCGUUAA